CUCUUCCGGCCCCGCCCCUCCAGGCUGCCAUGACAACGAGUCCCUGCCCCGAGCUCAGCUGCUGCUCGGGCGGGACCCAGGCUGGACCGCGGGCUCCGGCCUGGGGGCCACAGCUGCCACCUCCGCCGUCACCUCAUCUCCUCCCCGUCCCUGUCCCGCCCCGCGUCUUCCCGCCGCACUCGGGCCGGAGGCCGGGGUCCCUCCCCGCCGCCCCAUCCCGCGCGGAUGCCGAAGGUGAAGGCGCUGCAAUGCGCCCUGGCGCUGGAGAUCCGCUCUGUAACUUGUCCAGGAGUGGUGCUGAAAGACAAGGAGGACAUCUAUCUUAGCAUCUGUGUGUUUGGCCAAUACAAAAAGACACAAUGUGUCCCAGCCACUUUCCCACUGGUCUUCAAUGCCAGAAUGGUGUUUGAAAAGGUGUUCCCUGACGCAGUAGACCCUGGAGAUGUGGUUGCACAGCUCGAGUAUGAUACAGCAGUGUUCGAGUUGAUACAGCUAGUUCCACCAGUGGGAGAAACACUGUCCACCUAUGAUGAAAAUACACGCGAUUUCAUGUUCCCGGGUCCAAACCAAAUUUCUGGGCACCAUGAUUCAAACCGCCAGGUUACCAUGAGGAGGAUUUCUGGACUAAGAGGAAUUGCUCCAAAGCUGGAAUUUUCUACAACUUCAGUGAUCACGGAAUGUCUGAUAAGCUCAAGGAAGUGCCGCACUCAGGAUAAAUUUACUUACCAUUCAGCUCCAGCUGAAAAAUCCCACGGCAAACUGCAAUGCAGAACAUCAAGAUCACAGAAGAAAAAGUCCAAGUCACCCGAGAGAAGUAAAUACUGCAUGAACACCAAGAACUACGAACAGCCUACAAUUUCUUCAAAGUCUCAUUCUCCAUCGCCCUACACCAAGAGACGAAUGUGUGAGCUCUCUGAAGACACCAGGAGGCGGCUGGCCCACUUAAAUCUGGGACCCUAUGAAUUCAAAAAGGAAACAGAUAAGCCUCCGUUUGUGAUUAGACAUGUUGAUCCCCCAAGUCCCAGGGCUGAUAAUUUGUUUGGAUCACCCGGCAGAGACUGUGAACGAGAUGUAUGGGCCAGGAUGCACAGUGAUCAUCAUCACCUUGGGUGCUGCAGAUCCAAGGAUUACAAGGUUAUCAGAACACCACAUGGAAGAGAUUUCGAGGAUCCCUUUGAGAAGUGUGAGGAAUAUUUGAGCCCAAGAUCGUGUAGCAAGCCUCAGCAUUCUGCAAGGACCUUGCUUGUUCAUUCAGCACCCUCUUCAACACCAAAGCACUGUGUGAGCCCUGUGCUAAACAGAGCCUCUCUCAGGGAAAGAUUCCACUCUGACUGGUGUUCACCUUCAAACUGUGAAGAGAUCCAUGACCGGGUAAAAGAUGUCUUGAAAUCACAUCAGGCUCAUGCAAGACACUUAUGUGAUGAGAGAGACCCAGAGAAAGACGACGAGCUGGAAAUGAAGAGGAGCCUCUUAUACAGAGACUCUGCCUACGACAGCGACCCGGAAUACAGCUCCUACCAGCGACCACAUGGCUCUCUCCAUUUGGAUGACACUGAAUACUGGUCCAACAGAACAUCCUCUUACAAGGGGAAGUCCCACCGCCCUGUCUUUGAGAACAGCAUGGACAAGAUGUACAGGAGCUUGUACAAGAAGGCCUGUAGUUCUACUUCUCAUACACAGGAAAGCUUCUGAGACCAUCGGCUACCACCUGUAUGAGAAUCCGUGUCAACUUCUCAAUGAAAGCGUUUGAUGUGAUCUGUAUUCGUAUGCCUUUCUUUAAAACAGGUGUUUACUGAGUAACAGACUCGAACCCAGCAUAAUCCUUCAAGUGGUAAAUUAUCAGUCAAGCCUUUAUGACAGAAGAAUGUGCUGUUUCCAAUAUCAACACUCUUCAAUUCAGUCACACCCUCCAAUUUGUGACCAGGCUCUCCUGCCACAUGUUCCCCUACCACCACCAGCAAACUGUGAAUAGGUUCUUUCUAGAGUGUUCAUCCAUUUUUAUGCCCCUUUAACUUCCUUUUUACCUGCUUGGCUGGUUAUCUUUUCUGGGUAAUAAUUAAUAUCAGCUUCCUGUUCUCAGUAACGAGCAAAUGAUGUUCUCUGCAGAAAUGAUUUUCAAGAAUUUAAACCUGUUUUAACUUAUAUUAACUAUCUUUUUCCCCUUAGAAGAGGCUAUUGUAUUUUUUAGGUUCCAAAAACUAGCUUUCUUUGUAAAGCUUACACAUGCAUUCACUGCUUCUCUGGAAGCCUAGCUGAGUUAUCUGAAUGUCUGACAGCUAGGUUAGUUCACUAGCAGAGUCCAUGAAUGAUCCCAAAAGUAGCUAAUAUUUUAGUGUUGGAUUAUUUGCAAUAUUUUCUUCUAGGGAAAUACAGUUUGAUGCAAACAGAAUAAAUAAAGCAUCCUGUGUUAGUAAGCAUGUAGAAACUCUAAAUAAAUAAAUGAAAAUAAAAGAAUCAAUGUAAUUUUACCUCUGGUAUUUUCAUAGGUAUCACAUGACCCAGGCCACUAGCAUCCACACAUUAAAGGCAUCAUGGAGGGGUGAAAAUUACUCAGCAGCUGUCUUUCAGUUAGAGACAUAAACCUAAUGGUGGAUUGAUAAGAUGUGUCGUCUCCUACUAGCCACUGUCAUGAAGCCAGUGACACUUUGAAAGUACAAAGAAAACAAUCACAAUUGUACCAGAGUGUAGGGGUGAGAGUGGGUGUGAGAAGAGGUGAAGCUGCUGGAAGCUGGAAGAGCUGACAACAAGGGAAUUUUCUCCUUGACCUUGCCAUUUGUUAAUUCACUUUUUUUUUUAAACUAAAGAAAAAACUUUGACUCAUAAUCCAUUUCAACCUGAGUUUAAAGUAUGACAUACCUUUAUGAAAUGUCAUAAUAGAACUCUGAAAUGAACCAAUGUGUUUCAGUUUGGCGAUGUGUAAUAUAUCAAAACCACCCUGGGUAAGAGAGUGUGUCCAGGCUUCCAUCUCAUCCCUGCCAUCUUCUAGCCAAGUCUCUUGAAUUCUGUGCUUAGUUUCCUCAGUUGCCACAGGGAGAGUGUGGAGUAUCCCCCAAACCAUGUCUUGUGGAUGAGAACCAAUAUUGUAUGAAGUGGGUAUGGGAACAGAUAUCUAAUGUUCACACGCACACACGUGCUCACACACUCAGAGAGCCACUGGUAGAAUGCUAGGUUGGAGAGUGCUGCAGGUGUGGGAAAAGCACUUGUAAACUGGCCCUUGGCCUAGGUUCCCACAGCCACAGGGAGCCUUGCCCAGUUAGAAGCCUCAGUGACCAUGGUGUACUCUAGUAUCUAGCAGAAAUUCUUAGGCACAAUUUAUGUCCCUUAAACAUUGAGCGCCUUAUCUCAGGAUCUUCUAACCUAAGAACAUUUGUUAUUGUCACCACCAUUCCUACUGCUGUUCCAUUGCACACUCACAAAUGGCAUCCUCAGAUAUGUCUUGACAUGGGCCAACAAAGUGUUGCACUGUGAAAGCACUGAGUUCCCCGACACAGGUUAUAUUCUAAUGAUUUGUUCAAUAUGUUUCCAAAGGUUAACAUGAAUGAUGAUCUUUUUAAAAUCUAUAUCCGGGGACUGGCACAAUCAGUUGGCACAGUGCUUGCGCAUGGGCAGGAGGGCAGAGUUCAGAUCCCCAGCCUCCAUGGAAGAGCUGAGAGCAGUGUGCCCCUCCAUGAUCCCGGUGCUGCAGAGGGAAGAUUCCCUCAAGCUUAUUGGGCAGCUAGCACAGCUGAAUCUGAGCUCUAGGUGCAGCAAAACUCCAUGGCCCAAAAGAGAAGUUGGAUAGUAACUAAUGGAGGAAACAUAAUGAAUGGUGGCCUCUGGCUUUGACACACAUGAACAAACACACACACAAACAUGAACACAUGCAAUCCAUAUCCUGAGUGGAAAUUGGUGUGUUUUAAUUUAAGGAAAAAAAAACCUAAAAAUUAAUCCAUUUUAAAUUACUUUUUGGCCAAGCUUUGUGACACAUGUAUGAACCCAGCACUAAGGUAGACAGAGGCGAGAAGAUUGUUGUAAGUUCAAGGCCAGCCUGGUCUAUAUCAGGAGUGCCAGGUCAUCCAGGACUACACUGUGAGGCUUUGUCUCAAAAAGAAAAAAGAUCCAUUAAAAAGUUCCAUUUUACAAAAAUGGAAUAAAUAAGCCCUUGCUGCAGUUGUGACUACCAUUAGAUAUGACGAGAACCACCAAAGGGUGGUAUUCUGGAAGGCAUUUGCUACGGGUUGAAUUUUGCAUCUCUAUGAAAGAGAGCUAAUUCCUAGGUAUAUAGCAUCUUUGCUGAUUGUCUGUCUGCCUGUCUCCUUUUCCCUGGGGAAGGAGAGUUCAUUACUCCAUUGCUGUGGGUUUAUAGGCUGUAUUAUGUGUAUAGAGAAUGCAUUUAAGGACUAAUAGUAUUUUAUCAUUUACAGGAAUUUACUAUAUUUCAUAUAAAUCUAAAUAAUCAUUAGACUUAAUUUGAAAGAAAAACAGACUUUUCUUUUUAAUGUAUUUUUUUCUAUUUAAAUUUAAAAAGUUUGGAGGCAGAGAUAGGAGGAUCACUGAGUUUGAGGCCAGUCUGGGAAACAGAAUGAGAUCCUGUUUCAUAAGAAUAACAAAAACUUAGGGAAGUUAGGAGAGAAAAUGAUAGUCAAUGAUAGUCAAUGAAGAAAUAAAAUCCCUGGUUCUAUUAGUUAUAUUUUCAAGUCAUUUAUUAUUACUCACGUUUGAUUUUUAGACAUAUAUGGUGAUAAAGGUAUCAAUUGGAAAUGGUCUUCAGCUUUCUGUAAUUGUGCAAUGGCCUAAUGUGAAUGUCCAGGUAAUCCCAGCAAGAGGGUUGCAGUGUGACUUCAGAGAUUAAAAACCAGGAGUAAAUACAGAGGUUUGGUAAUGUACUUAAUUGUUAAUAAUAGCUUUAUUCAGAUACAGCCUAUUGAAAAAUAAAGUUCAGUAGUUUUUACACUGUUUGCUGAGCUGUACAACCAUAACCGCUAAAUUCAGAUAUUUUUAUCAGCCCAGAAACAAGCCUUGUAUGUGAACAGUAACCACUUCCUGCUGCCCUUUCCCCACAACCUGUGAAAAGCACCAGUCUACUCUCUCUUUUUUCUUCUGCAUAUUUCAUAUAAAUAGAAUUAUACACUAUGUG